GGGAAUCUGGGUUGCUCAAGUCCACCCUGAUCAACGGCCUCUUCCCGAUGGACAUGUACAGAGACCGCAAGCUGCUGAACACUGAAGCCAGGAACAAAAGCAGCCGAGACCCCUGCACCAAAGAGACGGUGCUCAGUGCCAUCAAGGAGUACAGAAAGAGGCUCUUGCAGCAGGAGGACGACCAGGCUUUGGGAAGUGAUCACGAGAACAAGAGGAGGUAA